AUGAUUGGGGAAUCAGGAAAGUGGGUGGUGCUAAUAACAACAGUUUGGAUACAAGCAUUCACCGGAACAAACUUUGAUUUCUCAUCAUACUCAUCUGAGCUGAAAUCAGUUCUUGAUAUAACUCAGCUUCAGUUGAAUUGUCUUUCAGUUGCAUCUGAUAUGGGGAAGGCGUUUGGAUGGUGUUCUGGUGUUUCACUCAUGUAUUUUCCUUUGUGGGUGGUUAUGUUCAUGUCUGCUUUUUUGGGGCUUCUUGGUUAUGGCUUCCAGUGGCUUGUUAUUCAAAGAUUGAUUACCUUGCCUUACUUUCUGGUGUUUUUCCUAUGCUUGAUUGCAGGAUGUAGCAUUUGCUGGUUCAACACAAUCUGCUAUGUAUUAUGCAUAAAAAAUUUCACAACUAACCGUUCACUUGCGUUAUCUUUAAGCAUAAGUUUCAACGGUGUAAGUGCAGCUUUCUACACUCUCAUUGCCAAUGCAAUAAACUCAAACAAUGACACUCUCUAUCUCUUACUCAAUGCCAUUAUUCCUCUCCUCAUUUCAGCAUUAGUACUCAUUCCAAUUCUCCAACAACAGCCACAACCUCAGCAACAACAUUCCGCCUACACACAUAACCUCCGCGAUUCCUUAGUUUUUCUUUGCCUCAACAUCCUUGCACUUGUCACAGGCCUUUACCUUCUCUUCCUAUAUUCCUUCUCGUCGUCGUCCCUGACUGUUGCUCGCGUUAUCCUUGGUGGUGCGAUUUUUCUCUUGGCAGUGCAUUUUUUCUUGCCAAGCAUUGUGAACUUGAAAGAAUGGUCUUGUUUUACCCUCCCUACAAUUUUCAAUCUUGUUGACAAUAACGAUGAAAACGAACUUCACAAAGAACUCAUUUGUAAGGAGGAUAAUGAUGCAAGGAGUAACGGAAGUGUACACAGCAUGAUGAUUGAGAAGAGUUUUUGUUUUGUCAAUGUGUUGGAGAAGGAAAAGAUUACAAUGCUCGGUGAAGAACAUACGACCAAGAUGUUGAUUCGUAGGUGGGACUUUUGGUUAUAUUACAUUGCUUAUUUCUGUGGAGGAACAAUUGGAUUGGUUUAUAGUAAUAACUUGGGACAAAUUUCUCAAUCACUUGGAUAUAUCUCCGAGACAAGUUCUCUUGUGACACUUUACUCCACAUGUUCAUUUUUCGGUCGGCUUCUUGCAGCCGCACCCGACUUAUUCAAUAGCAAGACACGCUUUGCAAGAACUGGAUGGUUUGCAGCAGCCUUGAUACCAACACCGAUCGCCUUCAUUUUACUAGCCAUAACCGGUACUAAAACGGCGUUACAAUUAAGCACAAGCUUAAUUGGAUUAAGUUCCGGCUUUGUGUUUUCUGCGGCAGUAUCUAUAACAUCAGAGCUAUUUGGUCCAAACAGUGUUGGUGUGAACCACAACAUCCUCAUCACAAACAUUCCUUUAGGGUCAUGUCUUUAUGGCCUUCUUGCAGCAUUGGUUUAUGACUCUAAUGCCACGAGUUCAAGACAGUCGAUAUGGCUGCGCGAGAUGUCUAUGUGCAUGGGAAGGAAAUGCUAUAUGCAGACAUUUAUAUGGUGGGGUUGCAUUUCAACUGUUGGAUUGGUUUCAAGUUUCUUGCUUUUCUUAAGGACUAAGCAAGCUUAUGACCGUUUUGAAAGAAAUAAAAAUAGCAACAGAAUACAGGCAAAUUAG